CAGGGCAGGGCGGGCAGGGCAGGGGAGGAUUGCCUGUGGUGACAGGUUGCUGCAGUUGCAGUGUUGAGACCUGACACUGCGCUUGUGCGGGGCGAGCGGACAGGAAGAUGGCGGAGCUGCUCACGGCAUCACCGAGACGCACAGUGAUUCACACUUCACUGAAAAACGAUGAAAGAAGAAAUCAAAUAACAUGUCGUGGAUCUCCAGUGCACAUAGCAGUUAUUGCAGAUGUGCAAUCCUCAAAGACAGAUGACCGACAAAGAUUAGCAAAGGAAAGAAGAGAGGAACGGGAGAAAUCACUUGCUGCAAGAGAGCAGCAGAUACUAGAAAAGGAAAGAAGAGCAAAGCUGUUAUAUGAAAAACAGAUGGAAGAACGUUGGAAGAAGCUGGACGAGCAGCGUCAACGAGAUGAACAAAGAAGAGCAGCAGUGGAAGAAAAAAGGAGACAGAGAUUUGAAGUAGAGAGGGAACGCCAUGAGGCUAUAAUGCGUCGCACCUUAGAACGGAGCCAGCAGCUCGAGCAGAGGCAGAAGAGGUGGUCCUGGGGAGGAGCAGGAUCCACAGGCACUGGAUCCAGAGAUGGUGAAUCAGAAAAUUCCCUACCCCCUCCUAUAGAUUUAAUCGCCAACACCUAUCCUCCUUCAGAGCCUGUGGCCUUUGAUGUUGCUGAUUCCGUUGCUGUGGCUGACAGACUUUCAGCUUCAGCCAUGAAUCUUCCCAAACAAAUGGAUCCACCAGUCAGCAAGCGUCUGUCCUCCUCUGCAGCAGCAAUUACACAUUCCCCUGAAAGAGUGUCCCAUGUCUGUCCUCGUGCAGUCUCAGGUAGCCCCUUCAAGACCAAAUCUACACACAGUCGAAGUGGCGAUAGACAGAAUGCAGGAGCCACCUCCACCUCACCAGGGGAGACCAAAGGGACGAUUUUUUCAGAACUCCAACAGACAGAGAAAGUGAAAAAGGAGAAACGUCAGUCAUCCCCCAGCUUGACGUCUACACUCCGUAGGUCUCAGUCUCCGGCAAACAUGUCUAAAAGGUCAUCUUCACCGGCAGCAGUAAAGGCUAGUUCGAAGAUUCGCACACAGUCACCCAGUUCUGGCAAAGAGUACCCAUCAUCUCCAACGUCAAGUGGAAAACCUUCUCCCAUGAGACAGCGGUCAUCCUCUAAUGCUGCUGCAGAGACUAGCAGAAAGAGGGCUGACAAGGAGAAAGGGGAAUUAGCCAAGCAGAAAUCUGAGGAGGCUGCAGCAGGUGAAAUUAAGUCACCAGAUCUACCUGGCAAUGUUACUUCAGCACCGACAACACCAGUCAAAGAGCAUGACAAGAAGAAGAUCAUUCACGCUGAAGACACAAAAUCUAUGGCAGGAACAUCUAGUGCUGAGGAGGCGACUAAAAUUCUAGCAGAAAGGCGUAGACAAGCGCGUCUGCAAAAAGAAUUAGAAGAACAGGAGCGGCGUGAGCAAGAGGAAGCUGAAAAGAAAAUGAUGGAAGAACUCCAGAGAAAGGAAGCCGAAGAGGAGGCUCGGCGCGAAGAAGAAGCCCGCCAGCUUGAGGAGAAGCAAAAACAAGAAGAGGCAGAACGCCAAAGGAAAGCAGAAGAGGAAAAAAUCUUAAGAGAACAGCAGGAAAAAGAGCUCCUAGUACAACUUGAACAGCAGAGAGAAGAAGCUGAAACUCGGGCUCGUGAGGCAGCAGAACGACACAGACAAGAGAGAGAGCUGCUCAUACAACAGAUUGAACAGGAGCGCUUUGAGCGAAAGAAGAGAAUUGAAGAAAUCAUGAAGAGAACCAGACGAAGUGAUGCGAGUGAAAUUAAGAAGGAAGAGACAAAACCAGAGAUUCAGCCCACUACAAAUGAAGAAAAACUUCUUUCAACCACAAACACUGAAGAACAAGGUGAAAAAGUGGAAGUUUUGAGAACAUCUGUCAGUCUGGAGAUCAAGCAUGAGGAAGAGCCUAACUCCACAGUGCCACCGUCUGAAGCUGUGGUUCAACUGGAAGAGAUUCAGGAAAUCCAACUGGAUAAUAUCGAUGAACAGCCAAAUAGUGUUGACGAGUCCACAGAUGAGCUGCAGUCUAUGGAUGUUAGCCCAAUGUCAAAAGAUGAUGGCAUUUCAAUCCCAGAAUUCUCCCCUCUAAAUGAAGUAAACCAUGGGGUUGAGAUGGAGAAGGAUCAGAAUGGAAUGAGUGAUGCACAGGCUGUUAAAGACCUCAUUGACCUGACAGGAUGUACAACGUACGCCAAGUUAUCCAGCAAGAAAAUUAACUUGGAUGACUGCAACAGGAACCUGAUUGAGGAGCAAUGUAUGUCUAUGGAAGAGAAUCCUCUCAUCACAUCCCUGACUAAAUCUGUUGAGGAAACUCAUAUACACACAUCAGCAGAGCUCUGAGCGUAUGAUGUGAGAUACAAGAGACAUUGCUUCAAUCAGUCUUCCACUGCUGCGUUUUCGAAGACUUAUCACCAAUAAGAUAAAUGUAGCCUUUUCAUACAUGUUGGAAAACCUUUUAAAAAAAUCCUUCAUGCAAACACUUAAAAUCAUCAAUAUUAAUUCCAUUUUUUUUUAAAACUUGUAUCUAUGUUGAAUAUGGCCAAAAUGGUCAGUUACAGCAUUCUUGAAACAUUCACACUACAACUAAAUCUUCAGUUAAAAACUUGUCUCAAAUUUGCUAUAAUAAUACUUUAAUAAUCCCUCCAUCAAUUUGAUGGAAUACUACCCACAUUUGCAGUUAGGUGUUAAUCUCAAUGCUAUUCACUGAACUUUUGCUGCUAUUCUAGUGUUUAUGUUCAUAUUGAAAACUGCUAAUUUGCCACAGGAAGUUGAUUCUUUAAUUGUAGCGUGAAUGGGUCUUAUAAUGAUGCACAGUGGGGUUUUUAUUGAGAAUUUCACAAACCAAAUUUGUUAACAAUUGUGACUUAUGUUACAAUUUUGAGAUUCAAAAAAAGCCCUGACUUUCAAAUCCCAAAGGAGUUUUCAACCUUAUGAUAGGUUCUUUUUCUGAAUCUCAAAAUAGUGAAUCGGAAACUGGAAGCUGCAAUUAUCACAACAAAUAUGGUUUGCGAAUAUCGCAUAUCUAAACCUCAGUAUCUGGAUUAAGGGACGUUGUGUUUUAGAAACUCAGGUAUCGUUCUUUGAUAACUGAAUGUUCACUUUGAAAUAUAAUGUUAAUACAUUUUAUUGUGACAUACAAUGCAUUAUUGCACCGUAUUUAAUUGCUGUCAUAAUCAUGUUACUUUACCAUAUCCCUAAUUUCUAAUGGCAAAAUGCAUUUGUAAACUCCUUCUGUCUUAGUUCCUAAACUUGCAUUGAUAAUAAUAAUAAUUAUUGCAUUAAGUGUCCAAACAUGAUAAUUUGUUUACUGACCUUUGUAGCCAUUAAGAUUAAAUAUUUAUAAAGCACUAAGGCAAUGUGCCUGCGAUGAAAGCACUUCAGCAGCCAAAAAAGUAAAGGAUAAAGUGCUUUUGCUACAUUUUAUGGUCAAAUUAGUAUAGAAAAGUAAGUAGAAGUUAUUUUAAAGAUAAACCACCACUUGAAAAAAAAGGUUGAUAUCUGUAACGAAAAACCAUCACAUUGAAUAAAUUCUCAGUGUGUAUGUCAUACUUGUAAGAAAUUAUUGGGGUUCAAAAUGGUAUGUGGUGAUCUCUCUUUAACUGUAAACGUUAUUGCUUCAGAGCUUUUCAAUGUGCACUGUAUUUUGCUGGUGUAAGUCUCACUUGUACUUUAGAAAGAACACGAGUAUAAAGCAUAAACUGCACACAUUAUUUUCACCAUUGCAGAGUAAUACUAGCGAUAUAUAGAUAGAAAACAGUUUCAGCAAGAUCUAGGAAAAAAGGAUGUUUCACAGGCGCUCUUUUUAAGCAAUGCUUGUUGUGGGUUUUCUUGUACUCCACAGCUACCAUGACCAUUUCAUCCAAUAAGGUAAUUUUUUUAAAAAACAUCUACUUAAGACAUUCAAAAUACUAUGGGCACCUUUAAAUGUUCUAUAUGCCAUUGUAUGUAGCGCUAAACUACAGUGCUUGAACAUAGUUUCCAUGGUCCACAGGGAAAAACAACUGCUGCUACAAUUUGCAUCGCGCACUUUGGUUGUUUACACAAUCAUCUGAUUUAAGACCAGAGGAAAUGAUACCGUGUCUUAAAAUGAACCUUUUCCUCAUUUUCUCAGUACAGUAUUUGGGCAAGUGGUUGGACUUUGUUAAACGUUAGCUUGUUAAUAAUUGUUCCUUGAUUGCCAAACUGUUUGUACAUCUAAAACCUUUAGGAGCUUUUGAGAAAAUCAUGUUCACCAAAGUUAAAUGGUUGAGAUUGGCUAAUGUUCUCUGUACCUUAGGAACUUAUUCUUGCAAAAAAAUAGAAUUAUGUUUUUUUUUGAAAACCUAAAUGUGUAUGUAGCCAAAUUUGCACAGCUGGCUUAAUACCACUCUCCACUGCCUCAAUACCACUCUCCACUGUCUCAUACAAAAUACUGCAGCUUGGCUUCUGUCAGGUAGAAGCUUUGCAUUUCAGUUUAACAAGAAAUUCCUAACCGUAAACAAAUUGCAAAUACUAGUUUAUUGUGUGUGGGUGUGCACACUUGUAUGGUCUGGUUAAGUCAUGAAUACAUAAAAAAAUCAUUUUUAUAGCUAUUACAGUGUGUUUUGCAUGGCACAUUGGAGUAUGUGUAGGUGAUAAUCUUGUUUCAGAUACCAACAGGCAUCACUCUAGCAAAAUGAUUUAUGUAUUUAUCUUUAACAUCUUAUGAAACUAUAUGCUGGCCGUUACAUGAUACUGUAGUUUGUUGUUGUGUAGUUGCUGAUGUGCUGAAUAAUCCUAUCACCAUUGUUCGUGUACAGCAUGUGUGUAUGUAACACAAAUAAAUUU